UCCCCCUCAAUACAGCAGCUGUUCACCCAAGGUGGAACGGUUACUUUGCAGACUGUUCUACCGUGGCUGCGACGAACCAACGACACAUCUGACAGGUUUCUUCUUCAGUUUGAGACUCCUCUUUGUAAUCUGUCUAAUGCCUGUCUCUUUGGAGACUAGGGUUCCCUCCAAGUUCAGGAGAACUCCCACGAUGCUGGCUCAGCACCUGAAGCAAAUCAGAGUCUUCAUGCUUAACGAAAAGGAGAAUUUAGAGAGAACUUUGUUCAGACUUGAACAAGGUUUUGAGCUCCAGUUCCGCCUGGGUCCAAGCCUUCAAGGAAGGAGAGUUAUAGUUCACACCAACUACCCACUUGAUGGACAGAAGUUCAUUCGAAACAACUUCCGUGUUUUAGCCUGGAACUACCCGACAGGAAGGGAGGAUGACUCGGAUAAGUACUGCUCCAUAGAGCUCAAGAUUGCUGGAUCCUACCAGUACUACUUUGGAUAUGCAGGUGUGGAGAGGUUGGGAGGAGGCUACAUCGUCGUUGAUCCUAUUCUUCGUGUUGGAGCAGACAACCAUGUCCUCCCACUGGACUGUAUCACCAUCCAGACGUACUUGUCCAAAUGUCUGGGAUGCCUUGAUGACUGGCCAGACAGACUGCGAGUAGCCAAGGAGUCAGGUUACAACAUGAUCCACUUCACUCCUCUGCAGACUUUGGGAGAGUCUAGGUCCUGUUACUCCUUAGCUGACCAGCUGACCUUUAGCCUGGAGUUCAGCCCAGAUGGCAAGAGUUGCACCUGGGAAGAUGUGGGAAGACUGGUGGAAAAACUGAGGAUGGAAUGGAAUAUGGUAUCAAUCACUGAUGUGGUGUAUAAUCACACUGCUGCAAACAGUGUGUGGAUAAAGGAACAUCCAGAGUGUGGCUACAACCUGAUGAACUCUCCUCAUCUGCGUACUGCCUGGGUCUUGGACAGAGCUAUCUGGCAUUUAACCACUAGGGUAGCAGAUGGACGCUACAAAGAGAAGGGACUUCCUUCUGACAUUACCAAUGAGAGCCACCUAAACGCUCUCCGCAGGGUGUUUUGGGAGGACAUUUUUCCUCAAAUCAAACUUUGGGAGUUCUACCAGGUCAACGUGGAAAAUGCUGUGGAGCAGUUCAGAAUUCUGUUGCAAAACGGCACAAAGCCAGAUCACAGCAAGACUGAAGGAAAUAAAGGCUUAGAGAUCAUUCAAGACUUCCAUUGCUGUCGCUAUGGUAACAGAGUGAACAUGGACUCAGCUUUGGAGACAUUUGUACCUCACAGCUCCUCUCCACAGCACAUUGGAGAGUGCUGUGGUUGGCUGAAACAGAAGUUGACUGAGAUGAAUGAAGAACAGUACCGCAUCAUACACCAGCAUCAGGAACAGGCAGUCAACUGCGUUGUGGGGAAUAUAGUGUAUGAACGUCUAGCUGACCAUGGCCCUAAACUGGGUCCUGUUACCAGGAAAGAACCUCUUGUCACCAGGUAUUUCACCUUCCCCUUUGAGGAAAUGACUUUAGAGCAGGAGAUGGAGUUUUUAAACCAACCAGAUAAGAUGUGCCACUUCUUGGCUCACAAUGGCUGGGUGAUGGGCGAUGAUCCACUGCGCAACUUUGCUGAACCAGGAUCCAAUGUGUACCUGCGUCGAGAGCUGAUCUGCUGGGGGGACAGUGUCAAACUCCGCUAUGGGAAAGGACCUGAGGAUUGCCCCUACCUGUGGGAGCACAUGCAGAAAUACACUGAAAUUACUGCCAAAUAUUUCCAUGGAGUCCGAUUGGACAACUGCCACUCUACGCCCUUGCAUGUUGCUGAGUUCAUGUUGGAUGUGGCCAGAAGCCAGUGUCCUAACUUGUAUGUGGUGGCUGAACUGUUCACUGGCAGCGAGGAGCUGGAUAACAUCUUUGUUACCAGACUAGGGAUUACAUCCCUCAUACGAGAGGCCAUGUCUGCCGGAGACAGCCAUGAAGAGGGCCGGCUCGUCUACCGUUACGGUGGAGAGCCAGUCGGAGCCUUCGUUCAGCCCAGCCUACGUCCUCUCAUGCCUUCUAUCGCUCACGCCAUGUUCUUGGAUGUGACCCAUGACAAUGAGUGUCCCAUUGAGCUACGGUCAGCUCUUGACUCGUUGCCCAGUUCUGCUAUCGUCUCCAUGGCCUGCUGUGCUACUGGCUCCACCAGAGGAUAUGAUGAGCUGGUCCCACAUCAGAUAUCUGUGGUGAAGGAGGAGCGUUUUUAUCCCAAGUGGAAUCCCUGUUCAGCUCCCAACUCUACUGGUGAAGUUGGCUUUCAGAGCGGCAUCAUCGCUGGGAAACUGGCUCUCAACAAACUGCACCAGGAGCUGGCUGCCCAGGGCUUUUCACAGGUGUAUGUGGACCAGGUUGAUGCAGAUAUUGUUGCAGUUACUCGUCACUGCCCCAGCACACACCAGUCUGUAGUAACAGUGAGCAGGACAGCCUUCAAGAACCCCAAAACUCAUCAGUACAGCAACAAUGUCCCACCUAUGUUCAUACCUGGCAAGAUUGAAGAAAUUAUACUGGAGGCAAGGACAGUGGAGAGAGAGGCUGGGAGUUACAAGAAGGAUGAAAAAUACAUAAACGGCAUGCCAGAAUACACAGUGGAAAUAAAAGAGCAUAUAUCGAUGGAGGAGAGUGCAAUGGUGAAACAUGCUGGAGUGACCUCUAAAGGCCGCUCAGAGUUUAUGCAAGAAAUUCAGUUCCAGAAAUUGACCCCUGGUAGCAUCAUUGCCUUCAGAGUCAGUUUGGAUCCCAAAGCACAGAAGCUGGUGGGAGUGUUGAGGUUUUAUCUGUCCCAGUUCAGUCCAAAGUACAGGAGGGGCAGUGUACCUGAUGAGAACCCACCAGACGUGCUGCAGAAACCCCUUACGGAGUUAAUGUCUAAGCUGACGCUAGCCGAUAUGAACAUCUUGCUGUUUCGCUGUGAAGCAGAGGAACAAGAGGACGGUGGAGGCUGUUACAGCAUCCCAGGCUGGGAGGGCUUGAAGUAUGCAGGACUACAAGGUCUGAUGUCUGUGUUGGCGGAUAUCCGUCCCACUAAUGACCUUGGCCAUCCUCUGUGUGCUAACCUCAGAGAAGGAGACUGGCUCAUAGACUUUGUCUCCAACAGACUGAAGCAAAGAGAUGGACCUCUGGCAGAGGUGGGUCAGUGGUUGGGUGCCAUGUUUGACUACCUGAGGCACUUUCCUCGAUACCUCAUCCCUUGUUACUUUGACGCCAUCUUGGUGUCAACCUACACCACAGUUCUGGAUGCCACGUUCAAACUCAUGUCAAGCUUCGUUGAACGAGGUUCCACGUUUGUCCGUCACCUGGCUCUCGGCUCGGUUCAGAUGUGUGGAGUUGGACGCUUUCAAGCUCUGCCUCCCAUUUCAACAAAAGUGCAGGAUGUGCCAUACCGCAUCAGUCCCAUCACUGGGGAAAAGGAGCAGUGUUGUGUCUCACUGGCAGCAGGUCUUCCUCAUUUUUCUGCUGGGAUUUUCCGUUGUUGGGGUAGAGAUACUUUCAUCAGUCUCAGAGGACUCAUGCUUAUAACAGGGAGACACACUGAGGCACGCAACAUCAUCCUGGCUUUUGCUGGAACCCUGCGUCACGGUUUGAUCCCCAACUUGCUGGGAGAGGGUCGCAAUGCCAGAUACAACUGCAGGGAUGCCGUGUGGUGGUGGUUGCAGUGUAUUCAGGACUAUACCAAUCUUGUUCCUGAGGGACAUGAAAUUCUGCGUUGCCCUGUCACUCGCAUGUACCCCUCAGAUGACUGUGAGCCCUGCAAACCAGGGGAGGUGGAACAGCCAUUGUAUGAUGUCAUCCAGGAGGCACUGCAGCGCCAUCUGGAGGGUAUUUCCUUCAGAGAGAGGAAUGCUGGACCCAAGAUAGACAGGAACAUGAGAGAUGAAGGUUUCAAUGUGGUUGCUAAAGUGGACCCAGCAACAGGUUUUGUUACCGGAGGAAACCGCUUCAACUGUGGCACUUGGAUGGAUAAAAUGGGGGAGAGUGACAGAGCGAGGAACAAGGGGAUGCCUGCAACUCCAAGAGACGGCGCGGCGGUGGAGAUUGUUGGUCUGAGUAAAUCAGCAGUUCGUUGGCUUGUGGAGCUGCAUUCUAAAGAAGUGUUCCCCUAUGAUGGAGUUAAGGUGCACAGAGAUGGAACAGAUGUGUUCAUCUUGUACACUGAGUGGAACAAGCAGCUUCAGCAGUCCUUUGAAGUUGAAUUCUGGGUGUCUGGGGACUCACAGGACCCCAAUGAGAAGCACCCUGAUUUGGUGCAUAAAAAGGGAAUUUAUAAAGAUAGUUAUGGAGCUUCCAAUCCCUGGUGUGACUAUCAGCUGAGGCCCAAUUUCACCAUUGCAAUGGUGGUGGCUCCAGAGCUGUUCACGUUAGAAAGAGCAUGGAAGGCUUUGGAAAUAGCUGAGAAGAAACUCCUGGGACCACUGGGAAUGAAAACUCUUGACCCAGAUGACAUGGUCUACUGCGGUGUUUACGAUAAUGCACUGGACAACGACAACUACAACCUGGCCAAGGGCUUUAACUACCACCAAGGACCUGAGUGGCUGUGGCCUGUUGGCUAUUUUCUCCGUGCUAAGCUCUACUUUGCCAAGAAGUUAGGAGAGGAGGCCUACUCCAAGACCGUCAUCCUAGUGAAAAGUGUUCUGUCACGACAUUAUACCCACUUGGAGAGGUCUCUAUGGAAAGGCUUACCAGAGCUGACCAAUGAGAAUGGCCAGCAUUGUCCCUUCAGCUGUGAGACCCAGGCCUGGUCUCUGGCUACUGUGCUGGAGGUGCUCCAUGAUCUGUAGAGAUCCCAUGAAACUGUGAGCCACUCCCCUCCUCUGACUCAUUUUCUGUCAUCACAAAACUUUCUUGUAGUUUCCCUAAAGAAUCCAAGGAUCAAUGACAUAGUCAGCCAAGUUUUCCAGAACAAGUAUUGUAAGGUAACCAGGUUAUUGUAUCAAAGCAUUUUAAGGUUAAAGCCUUUUUUUCUCUCUCUGGCCCUGUUUAAGGAAUCAACAAAAUGACAUUUUGAUCCAGUUGAUCUCAAAAUGUAAAAAGGUUUUCACUGGUUGCCAUGUUAAUAAAAAUUUAGACAGAGAUAACACUGGAAAGCACCUGGGCUGUGUUAUACACAUACAGUUCAGACCAACACACUCUAGACCAGGUGAUUAUUACUAUAGUAAAGGCUUAAUUUAAUGAGGACUCAGGAGCCAACAGCUAGAAACAAAUUUGGUUCCUUUUUAGGAACUGAACAUGUUCCGCAAAAGGAACAGCGUUCCUAGUAUUCCUAGCUGUUCCUUUUUAGGACCUGGACUUGUUCCUAAUGUUCCUAGCUUCAGUGAAUGUUGUUUACUCCUGAAUUCUUACUUUUGCUAUAUGUUCAGGAUGUUUAAUUGGAUCAUGAUGGUACUGACCUGAGACCUCCAUCAGAUCUGGUCAGGUGUUUGUGAUGUUAAAGCGCAAGAUAGCUCUGCGAACUAAUCACUGUGGAACUGGGUACCAUCUGCUAAUAAAGGAUCUGGAAUUGUUAUCUUAAGUCUUCUAACCUGGUGAUGUAAGCUGUACUUUUUGUCUAAUUUCUUGUGUAUUUUAGGAAAAUAAUUUGUAACAAAUUAAGUUAAAUUAAAACGUAAAUAGCCUGAGUAGUAUGAAAAAUUUGAUAUCUACUAUCUGUUGUUUUCAGCUUUUAUGUUUUAUGAAAACUGUGAUUCUAUUGUUAAAUGUCCCAAUGGAGAGCUUAGCUAAUGUUCUCUCCAUGUUCUUCCACACUAAGACAUUUUAAAAGGCUAAACAGUUAUGGUGUUAACAUUUCAGAACAUUUACACACUCGUCUGCUGUUGUGUGACCACAUACAGUGUCUAUUUCUCAAAGUUGUGCAGUGCUUGUAACUUUUCUCUAACAGUGACACAUUUAAACCACAUGUGAUCAUAGACUAUAUUCAAGGGUUUCUAUGGACAACUGCUGGAUGCUAUAGAUGUAUACUGCUGUUGCAUACAUCUGGAUGCUCAGUGUUGUUAACUGUAAACUAGAUAGAAACAUGCUGAAUAAACUGUUACAAGACUAAAA